AUGUGUUUUCACUUUAAAUGCUUUUUGUUUGUUUGUUUGUUUGUUUGUUUCUUCACUUUAAACUCUAUUCUUUUUUGUUUUCAUUUUUCUUCAUUUAAAAUUCUAUUUUUUCUUUCUUUUUCUUUCUUUCUUUCUUUCUUUCUUUCUUUUUCUUUCUUUCUUUCUUUCUUUCUUUCUUUCUUUCUAUUGAAAUCCACAUUUUGUCUUUUUUAUGUUCUUUCUAACUUAUUCUACCUUACGUUCUUUCUUUCUUUCUCCGCUUUAAACUCUAUUCUUUUUUCUUUCCGUCUUUCUUCAUUUUAUAUUCUACUUUUCUUCCUUCCUUUCUAUCUUUCUUUCUUUCUUUCUUUCUUUCUUUUUUCUUUCUUUCUUUCUUUCUUUCUUUUUUUCUUUCUUUCAAUUCUUUCAAUUUUCUUAUUGAUUUCCCCUUCUUUCUUAUUAAUUACUUUUUUUCUCCCCGACCCAGCGACCUCCAUCUUGGUUACCAUUUCAUGUCUGCCGAACAAACACUCCAGUCCAAUAUUCUUCCUUCCGGCCAUUGUUAGUCACAUGAGAACAACAAAACGAGUCCGAAUUGUUCUGUUCCAUUUCUUAUUUUCGCGCCACUCUCCUUCUUCCUGCCAGCUGGCCUUCCUCCCCAGGGUCAAUCGGAAUUGUCCGUGGUAA